ACUUCUUGUCCUUGUGUGACUAUCACAUCGCUGACGAGUUUUUUUCUCUCUUUCUCUCGAGACUUCUGCAUCAAUGGCGGGGAUCGUUAGCCCUGGCCCUACGGCUCUUUACUUCACCAGCAGUAAUCUCGGCGCAAGGCGGUUGAAAGCGGUGAGCUGGUCGGGAAAGAGUGUCUCUGGUAACGUUCUCCGCCGGAGAAACCUGAGAAUCGCGGCGGAGGUGAAGUUUGUGAAUGCAGAGGAAGCAAAGAAGUUGAUAGCGGCGGAAGGUUACAAGGUUGUGGAUGUGAGAGACAAGACUCAGUUCGAGAGAGCUCAUAUAAAGUCUUGCCACCAUAUCCCUCUCUUCAUUUUCAACGAAGACAACGAUCUUGGGACCAUAAUAAAGAGGACAGUGCACAACAACUUCUCAGGGCUCUUCUUUGGUUUGCCUUUCACAAAGCUGAAUCCAGAGUUCGUUAAAGCCGUUAGAAAUGAGUUUUCACAGGAUAGCAAACUAUUACUGGUUUGCCAAGAAGGUCUCAGAUCGGCAGCUGCAGCUAGUAGAUUGGAGGAAGCGGGUUACGAUAACAUAGCUUGUGUAACAUCAGGGCUACAAUCUGUAAAACCAGGGACAUUUGAAUCGGUUGGUUCAACCGAGUUGCAGAAUGCAGGCAAGGCAGGGCUUAUCACAAUUCAAGGAAAGAUCUCAGCUGUCUUAGGAACAGUGCUCGUCUGUGCUUUGUUGUUCAUAACAUUCUUCCCGGACCAAGCAGAGAAGCUGUUUCCUCCAAGCUGAAGACAAGAAAACAACAAUGAUUGAUUCAGAUUUUCCACCUGUUUGUAUGUAGAUGCUUAAGGAACACAAAAAUCUUUAAAUAUUUGAAUUUUGAAGUAGUUACAAACAUAUGGUAUUGAACAAAGUUGUUAUCUGCUUAUAACAGUUGAGAAAAAAAGUCAACAAUUAAAAAGAAGAGAUUGCAUGA